AUGAAACUGUUUCUCAAUGGUGUGGAUAACGCCUGUGUGGUAGAGACCGCUGGGGAGGAUAAGGAUGGUGUAGGAGAGACCGCUGGGGAGGAUAAGGAUGGUGUGGGAGAGACCGCUGGGGAGGAUAACGCCUGUGUGGUAGAGACCGCUGGGGAGGAUAACGCCUGUGUGGUAGAGACCCCUGGAGAGGAUAAGGCUGGUGUGGUAGAGACCGCUGGGGAGGAUAAGGUUGGUGUGGUAGAGACCGCUGGAGAGGAUAAGGCUGGUGUGGUAGAGACCGCUGGGGAGGAUAAGGCUGGUGUGGUAGAGACCGCUGGAGAGGAUAAGACUGGUGUGGUAGAGACCGCUGGGGAGGAUAAGGCUGGUGUGGUAGAGACCGCUGGAGAGGAUAAGGCUGGUGUGGUAGAGACCGCUGGGGAGGAUAAGGCUGGUGUGGUAGAGACCGCUGGGGAGGAUAAGGCUGGUGUGGUAGAGACCGCUGGAGAGGAUAAGGCUGGUGUGGCAGAGACCGCUGGGGAGGAUAAGGCUGGUGUGGUAGAGACCGCUGGAGAGGAUAAGGAUGGUGUGGUAGAGACCGCUGGGGAGGAUAAGGCUGGUGUGGUAGAGACCGCUGGGGAGGAUAAGGAUGGUGUGGGAGAGACCGCUGGGGAGGAUAACGCCUGUGUGGUAGAGACCGCUGGGGAGGAUAACGCCUGUGUGGUAGAGACCCCUGGAGAGGAUAAGGCUGGUGUGGUAGAGACCGCUGGGGAGGAUAAGGUUGGUGUGGUAGAGACCGCUGGAGAGGAUAAGGCUGGUGUGGUAGAGACCGCUGGGGAGGAUAAGGCUGGUGUGGUAGAGACCGCUGGAGAGGAUAAGACUGGUGUGGUAGAGACCGCUGGGGAGGAUAAGGCUGGUGUGGUAGAGACCGCUGGAGAGGAUAAGGCUGGUGUGGUAGAGACCGCUGGGGAGGAUAAGGCUGGUGUGGUAGAGACCGCUGGGGAGGAUAAGGCUGGUGUGGUAGAGACCGAUGGAGAGGAUAAGGCUGGUGUGGUAGAGACCGCUGGGGAGGAUAAGGCUGGUGUGGUAGAGACCGCUGGAGAGGAUAAGGCUGGUGUGGUAGAGACCGCUGGGGAGGAUAAGGCUGGUGUGGUAGAGACCGCUGGAGAGGAUAAGGAUGGUGUGGUAGAGACCGCUGGGGAGGAUAAGGCUGGUGUGGUAGAGACCGCUGGGGAGGAUAAGGAUGGUGUGGUAGAGACAUUUGGGGAGGAUAAGGUUGGUGUGGUAGAGAUCGCUGGGGAGGAUAAGGAUGGUGUGGUAGAGACCGCUGGGGAGGAUAAGGAUGGUGUGGUAGAGACCUUUGAAGAGGAUAAGGAUGGUGUGGUAGAGACCUUUGAGGAGGAUAAGGUUGGUGUGGUAGAGACCGUUGGUGAGGAUAAGGAUGGUGUGGUAGAGACCGCUGGGAAGGAUAAGGAUGGUGUGAUAGAGACCGCUGGGGAGGAUAAGGUUGGUUCGGAUAAGGAUGGUGUGGUAGAGACCGCUGGGGAGGAUAAGGCUGGUGUGGUAGAGACCGCUGGUGAGGAUAAGGAUGGUGUGGUAGAGACCUUUGAGGAGGAUAAGGAUGGUGUGGUAGAGACCUUUGAGGAGGAUAAGGUUGGUGUGGUAGAGACCGCUGGUGAGGAUAAGGAUGGUGUGAUAGAGACCGCUGGGGAGGAUAAGGUUGGUUCGGUAGAGACCUUUGGGGAGGAUAAGGAUGGUGUGGUAGAGACCUUUGAGGAGGAUAAGGAUGGUGUGGUAGAGACCUUUGGGGAGGAUAAGGAUGGUGUGGUAGAAACCUUUGAGGAGGAUAAGGAUGGUGUGGUAGAGACCUUUGAGGAGGAUAAGGAUGGUGUGGUAUAGACCUUUGAGGAGGAUAAGGAUGGUGUGGUAGAGACCUUUGAGGAGGAUAAGGAUGGUGUGGUAGAGACCUUUGAGGAGGAU